AUGGAAGGACCUGGCGGCAUCUUGCCGACUCCAGCCGACCUGUUCACCCGCCUGAGCGAUGAGGUGGUGCUUCACAUCUUGAGCUUCGUCCCGUGGCCAGACGUGCACGCGCCGGUGACGAUGAAGAAACGGAGGCGCAUCAUUGACGAAUUGAUCAGCACGGAAACGUUUUACAUCGAUUCCCUCGUCCGGGCACUACAGAAGUAUACGUAUCAUGGCGGUCAGGCCUACGCGGGCAAGGCCAAGAAGACGCGGUGGCAGCAGAGGUGGGUGGACAACCACCAGGCCGGCGUGUCCGUUGCAGACUGUUUCCAACCGCUGGGACACUAUUGCCACUACUGCCUCGACUACAUGGCAGCCACGCAGGAGCUGAUGAAGAAGCGCCACAAGUUUCACCACCAGCCACAACCAGGGCAGAAGCCCGUGCUGGAACUGGCGGCUUAUUUGGUUAUGCCCAUCAGCCGCAUCCCGCGCUACAAGUUACUUCUUGAGGAGCUUCUCAAGUGCACUCCACCGGAUCACCCUGAACAUGACACCCUCUGCAAGCUGACGGCGGAGGCAUUGGAGACUCCCAGCGCCCACUUGAACGGUUGGGAGACCAAGAAGAGUUUGACCACAGUGCAAUGCCAGUGUCACAUAUAG